AUGUUCCAAUGGAACGACGAUAACUGUGACACAAAGAACAAUUUCAUCUGCAAGUACACUGCAGAGAAGGCUCCUGAACCCUCCCCCAACACUGCACACCCAGAGGCUCCUCCCCUGUCUCUGUCACCCCUGCCCACGACCUUUGACACUGAAGAGAAGAGACAGACCCCAGCUCUGAACAUGGUUUACAUAGUUCUGCCCACCAUCCCGUUGUUGAUGGUGUUACUAAUAGCAACUGUGGUCUUCUGCUUCAAGCUGCUGGCUCGACGAAGGAAGCGGCGUGAGCAGCAGACAGAGGUGUGUCCUAGCGACCCAGGGUCCUGUCCAAGCCAAGCCCAGCCGCCUGACGUCUACAACGUGAUUCGCUCCCAGCAGGAGGCCGACCUGGCUGGGACACGCCCCCACACCAAGAACACUUCCUUCUUAGGCUCCUCCCCUGACAUGUCCCCUGGUGACUAUGACAACAUGGGAGGCCUGCGAGACACGGAGAGUGGUUUCGUCACGCUGGCCAGCACAGAGAGCAACUUCCUGUUGACCUCUGAACUCUACGACCUUAGUCUGGGGCGACGCCAAGACAACUCAGACAUUUACCACAAGAGUCUGGAUCGGCAAGGCAACGGAGAGGUUUAUAACAACAGUCUGGGUCGUCAUGGCAACAGAGAGACGAGCGAUAACGGUCUGGGUUGUCAUGGCAACGGAGGGACGUACAACAACAGACUGGGUAUUCAUGGCUGCGUGGUGAAGAGCAGUGAGCUGUACAACACUAGUCACUAUAGAGACAGUCUUUACCAAACCAGCCUGGAUCGCUAUGGUAACCCUGAACAUCACGAGAGAAGCCUGGGUCGUCAUGGGAACGAUGCCAGUGUAGAUUGCUACGGGAAGGAAGCCACUGUGGGUUACUAUGGCAACGAGGGCAGUCUGGGUGGGAAGUGCUACAAAGAGUGGUUGGACAGUGACAGCAACUGACAGCUACUGACAGUGACAGCUACUGACAGUGACACCUACUGACAGCUACUGACAACUACCAACAACUGACAGCUACUGACAUUGA